AUGACGUCUACACCCUCCGGUCUUCGCGUCCGCUCGUUCGAGGAAGACUCCUCCGACACGCCUGGCGUUUACUCGACGUCGAACGGUGUUCCCGUUCCUCACGCCUACGAGGCCCAGCGUGUCGGCCGAGAAGGCCCUCUGCUGCUGCAGGACUUUCACCUCAUCGACCUCAUCUCUCACUUCGACCGGGAGCGCAUCCCUGAGCGUGUCGUCCAUGCCAAGGGUGGUGGUGCCCACGGUGUCUACCGCACCACGCACCCUAUCCCCGACCUUUGCUUGAACUCGCUGUUUGCCGAGCAGACUGAAUGCCCCAUCACGGCUCGCUUUUCGACCGUCGGUGGCGAGUCCGGAUCGCCCGACUGUGCUCGUGAUCCUCGCGGAUUCAGCAUCAAGUUCCGUACACAGGAUGGCAACAUGGAUUGGGUGUACAACAACACUCCGAUCUUCUUCCUUCGUGAUCCUGCCAAGUUCCCGCACUUCAUCCACACACAGAAGCGCGAUCCUCAGAAUCACCUGACGCAUAGCGACAACUCGAUCCACUUCUGGGACUACAUGAGUGCCAACCCGGAGAGCGUGCAUCAGUUCCUGUACCUCAUGGGCCCGCGCGGCAUUCCCAAGAGCUGGCGGCACAUGCAGGGCUACUCGGGCCACACGUUCAAGUUUGUCAACAAGCAAGGCAAGUGGAAGUACGUGCAGAUCCACGUGCUGUCGCAACAGGGAACGGAGAAUCUGACGAACGACGAGGCGGCGCAGCAAUCGCCCGACGCGCACCAGAAGGACCUCUUCGAGGCAAUCGAGCGAGGCGAGUUCCCGAAGUGGGACGUCAAGUAUCAGAUCAUGGACCCUGCCGAUGCGCCCACGUCAGGCGUCAACGUCAACGACCUCACCAAGGUGUGGCCUCGUGACAAGUUCCCACUCCACCCGCUCGGUGAGAUCGAACUCAACCGCAAUGUGGCCAACUACUUUGCCGAGAUCGAGCAGAUUGCGUUCAACCCGGCGCACCUCAUCCCCGGACUGGAGCCGUCCAACGACCCCGUCUUGCAGUCGAGACUCUUCUCGUACCCGGACACACAUCGUCACCGCAUCGGGGUGAACUACCAACAGCUGCCCGUCAACCAGGCGCACCCCUCUCACAUCCCCACCAACUUCCAACGCGAUGGACCCAUGGCGUUCUACAACGGAGGCCCCAAGCCGAACUACAUCUCCUCGCUGGCCCCGCCGGAGUUCCGCCCGCGCCAGGUGGACACGGACGCCAUCCACGGCGACUACGAGGGCAACGCGCUCGCCUUCCUCUCCGGUGUGCAGGAGGAGGACUUUGUCCAACCCCGCGCUAUGUGGACCAAGGUCUUCUCCCAGCAGGACCGGGAGGAGACGAUCAAGACUAUCAGCGGUCACAUGUCGACCUGCCCCGACAAGGAGGUGCUCAAGCGCGCCAUCAGCGUUUGGCACCAAGUCGACGCCGAGCUGGCCGAGAAGAUCGCCGAGCCGCUCGGACUGAAGGGCAAGUACAAGACGGAUCUGCGCGGCGAAGUGUUUAACGGAUCGCACAACUUUUUGGGUCGCAACAUGGGCGAGGAGGCGGGCGUGCCUAACACAUGGAGCCGAGCUGAUGGAAAGCAUAAGACCAAGGAACCCGUGUACGGGAUCAGUUCGAACGCUCAUGCGCUGCCCAAUGGUAAGAGCCAGAGCAAUGGUACCGCUCAUUGA